UGCCCAGUGCCAGGUGGGGCUGGAGCGCCCGGCUCCGCGGCUGGCCUGAGGGCUCCGGCGUGGGGACCGGCCUCAGCUGGAGGGGGCUAUCGCUUGGGCUGGCAGGUCCGGCCUCACUGCGGCCCGUCGGGCGGAGGGUCCCGGCCAAGCCUGUACUCAGAGCUUCCCACGUCCCAUGUACUCAGGGGAAGGCUAAUUCACUUCCUCUUGAACAGCCCCGGUCCCCGCUGUGACAGUCACAGGUCCUGCAGCGACGAGUGUGCGCGCGUGAUGUGAAGUGGCGUGCCGCGUCUCACACCUGUUCCCUGGCUCCUCAGCUUGUGUUGAAGGAUAUUUUGGCAGGAGCUGAGGAUUUUACACUGGUUGUUGCACGAAAUGCUGCCUUAAAAGGGACGCGGCUUACUAAUUGAAAACAAUUUGAAACAACUGGGCUGGAAGUAGUUUACACUCUAAUUCCUAGGAGAAGACCUAGUAUCAUCCCGUAAUUGCACACGCUUUUAUAUAUUUUACUUGUCAAUCUGCCAGAAAGAGUUGUAAUGACAAGCUUCACCUCCACGGACAGGGGAUUGAUGAGGUACCUCUGAUGAAGCCAUGACCAGGUGGGCACGAGUUACUACCACACAUAACAAAAGACCCUUUCCUGCAACAUCAUGGGAGGACAUGAAGAAGGGGUCCUUUGAGGGAAAAAGCCAAAACCUACCAAAGAGUGAACAACUUAAAGCCAACAGGCUGUGCCUUAAAAAUGAUGUGCCCCAAGCAAAACACAAAAGGAAUAAGAAGAAAAAGGAAUACUUAAAUGAAGAUGUGAAUGGAUUCAUGGAAUACCUAAGACAAAACUCACAGAUGGUUAACAAUGAGGAGAUGAUAGCAACAGACAGUCAGGAAGUAAGGGAAGAAGUUGCAAUUGCUUUAAAGAAAGAUAAUCGUCGGGAAGGAAGAAGAUUAAAAAGACAAGCAGCAAAGAAAAAUGCAAUGGUAUGUUUCCAUUGUAGAAAACCUGGCCAUGGGAUUGCAGAUUGCCCAGCUGCUCUUGAGAGUCAAGAAAUGGGCACUGGAAUAUGUUAUCGGUGUGGAUCCACAGAGCAUGAAAUAACCAAGUGCAAGGCUAAAGUGGACCCAGCUCUUGGUGAAUUUCCCUUUGCAAAAUGUUUUGUUUGUGGAGAAAUGGGGCAUCUGUCCAGAUCUUGUCCUGAUAAUCCCAAAGGACUCUACGCUGAUGGUGGUUGCUGCAGACUUUGUGGCUCUGUGAAACAUUUUAAGAAAGAUUGCCCUGAAAGUCAGAAUUCAGAUCGAAUGGUCACAGUUGGUCGCUGGGCAAAGGGAAUGAGUGCAGAUUAUGAAGAAAUUUUGGAUGUGCCUAAACCACAGAAACCCAAAACAAAGAUACCUAAAGUUGUUAAUUUUUGAUAAUGAUGAGUACUGUCUUUAGUUACUGCGUCAUUUUUAAGCAUUCUGAACUGGACUUAGUUCACAAGAUAGAGCUGGACUCCGCCUUGGAGUCCUGUAUUGUAGAUAUCAGUAUAAUCUGGGUGUGGUCAAACUGUUUCCUGAGUUCUGUCUAUCAAGGGGUACUUCCACCAUUGUUUGGAGAAAAUCCAAAAAAAAAAAAAAGGUGUUAAGAUGUUUAAAUUGGAUUCUCUAAAAGAAUAUAUUACUAACAGAUUGAACUUAGGUGUAAUUAAUUGGUUAUAAACCUGAUUGUAACAAUUAUCUUUUUCUUAAAAAUAUAAUUAUGCACUAAUAUGAACCAUCCCUAAAUAUAGGGUAACUACUUUGCAUUUGGAAAUGAAUUUUUCGUUACAUUGUUUUCUUGGUUCAAACUACCAAUUUAUUACUAUAUUAGAAAUUUAUUUAUAAUUGCCUCCCCAAAUCUGUAUUUUUAGAAUAUUUAAUAAAAACUCAUUUGCUAUUUACUUACUUUUCUGAAUGCCUAAUUGUGGAUUGAAUAAGCCAUUGUCCACUAAUGUCCAUGUGACAGUCCCUUUGGAAACGCAAUCUUUUAUGGAUCCUAGACAAGGUAAAUUUUGGUUAAUUUUCAUUUUAGUUUUGACAUAAAGUAUUACAAAUUAUUGAGGUUAAAAUAGACGAGUACCUCAGCUUAACAGCAGCUCUUUCUUUGCCCCUGAUUUUCAAGGGAAAAAUUCUAGCCAAAAUUCAUUUUGGGGUAUUUGACCAGAAUGAUGAUGGCACAUAACAGAUUGUAUGUGAAACUUAAUAGCAUUUUGUUCGCCUGUUUUAGAUGAGUCAGGGUGAGAUGCACGUAUCAUCAUAAUAGAGUUAGAACACUAAUCAGAGAUCCAUUAGUUUCUUUGUUUGAUUUGAUGAAUACAUGCAUACCUAAUACAUAUAUUUUGCAAGGCUUAAGGUUCCCAAUGUACUGUAUAAUGGAA